AUGUCCGCGCCGACACCCGCCCUCGCGCCCCACAAAGCCGCCUUCCUCUCCUCCUGCGUUACAGCCGGCGCGUUGAAAUUCGGAACCUUCACCCUCAAAUCCGGGCGCAUGUCCCCCUACUUCUUCAACGCGGGCCUCUUCCACACAGCCUCCCUCCUCGACUCCCUGACUGCCGCCUACGCCGCCACGCUCGCAUCCUCCGCCGUCGACUUUGACAUCCUGUUCGGCCCGGCAUACAAAGGCAUCCCGCUCGCGGCUGCGACAGCUAUCCAGCUUCGCGUGCUGGACGACGCGAGAUUUGGCGGGGUUAGCUACAGUUUCAACAGGAAGGAAGCGAAGGACCAUGGCGAGGGCGGGAGUAUAGUCGGCGCGCCGCUGAAGGGCAAGCGCGUGGUCAUCAUUGACGAUGUCAUCACCGCCGGUACCGCCAUCCGAGAAGCGAUCGAGAUCAUUAAGAGGGAGGGUGGGACAUUGGUCGGGAUUGUGGUUGCGCUUGAUCGGCUGGAGAAGACGCCCGCGAAGGAGGGGGAGCAGGAGGAGGCGCCGAGAGAGAGCGCGAUUGGAGAGGUCAGGAGACAGUACGGCAUCCCGGUGCUGUCGAUCUUGACGCUGGAUGAUGUGGUGGAGUUCCUCAAGGGGAUGGGCACGCAGGAGGAUGUGGGGAGGUUGCAGGAGUAUAGGGCGAAGUAUAGAGCUAGUGACUGA